AUGGAUGAGAAGAACCGCACGGAGACCUGGCACCAAAGCCUCCAGGCGGUGCUCAGUGCCUUGAACCAGACGCUCUGCGCCGCCAGGGUGGGGAGCCUCAUCUUGGGCUAUACCCGCUCCCGAAAAGUGGACAAGCGCAGCGAUCCGUACCACGUCUACAUCAAGAACAGGGUCUCCAUGAUCUAA